AUGCUAACCACAAGCCUACGUCACUGUACAAAUAUAAACAGAAAUCCACUAGUCCAAUUGAACAGGCAUAUUUUAAGACAAUUCUCAAAUCUAUCUAAAAUGUGUAUGUGUGGGACAAGUUACCAAAGACAAACAGUAUUUUAUAGAGUACACUCAACACAAAGUGACCAUCAUAGACAAAAAGUUAUUAUAGAGACAACUGCACCCAAGAUAGUCUUAAACAAAAUUAAAGAAGAUAAAAAAGGGAAGGAUUAUAGAUUUUUCUGGAGAGACAAAGUUGAUCCAUAUAUAAAAUUGGCAAGAUGGGAUAAACCUAUAGGUGUCUACCUCCUUUACUUUCCAAGCACAUGGUCAAUAGCGUUGGCCUCAAUUCCCGGUAAUGUAGAUCUUUACACUAGCUUACACACUGCGGGUUUGUUCUUAGCUGGUGCAGGUCUUAUGAGGGGAGCUGGGUGUACAAUUAAUGAUCUAUGGGAUCGAGAUAUUGAUAAACAGGUAGAAAGGACAGCUAACCGCCCUCUCGUGGCCGGAUUAAUAAGCGAGAAGCAAGCAAUUGCUUUCCUUGCCUUACAGUUAAGCCUGGGUCUAGGAAUUUUAUUACAAUUUAACUGCUAUAGUGUCGUGUUAGGAGCUAGUAGUAUGUUCUUUGUAAUAACCUACCCACUCGCAAAGAGGUUCACCAACUACCCUCAAGUGUACCUCGGAGCCACAUUCAAUUGGGGAGCAUUACUGGGUUAUUCAGUACUACAAGGACACUUGGAACCAUCCGUCUGUGUACCACUGUAUAUAGCUGCAAUGGCAUGGACUGUUUUAUAUGACACAAUAUAUGCACAUCAGGACAAAGUCGACGAUUCUCGAAUCGGUGUUAAGUCAACAGCUCUGACGUUUGGCGAACACACCAAGCCGGCGUUAACGGCCGCGUUAUCCAUAUCUUUGGCUGGCUUUUCUCUCGCGGGGUACGCGGCAGACCUCAACGUGUUGUACUAUGCUGGACUGGUUGCGUUCGCGGGCCAUGCUGGCCGACAAAUAUACACGCUCGACACCGAAAACCCAGCGGAUUGUGCAAAAAAAGUUCAAGUCCAACGCCGUAGCAGGGAGAAUUUGGAAGCGACUAAAAGCUGCUUAUUUGGUUAA